AUGUCACCAAGGACUGCUGAGCACAUGACAUGGCACCAAGCACACCAUGUGGUUGAUGGAGUGACAGUUCAUCCUUCUUACGGCGAAGCGUGGAAAUGUUUUAACAGUGUUCAUCCUCACUUUUCAGCUGAAUCAAGAAAUGUGCGUCUUGGGUUGUGUACAGACAGAUUCAACCCAUUUGGGUCAUUUGCUGUUCCUUAUUCUCGUUGGCCGGUCAUACUCACAGUUUAUAACUUACCACCGGGAAUGUGUAUGAGGCCGGAGUUCAUGUUUUUAUCUACUGUCAUACCCAAUCCAAGCAGCCCGGGGUGGAAUAUAGAUGUUUGUCUUCGACCGUUGAUUGAUGAGUUGGUGCAGUUGUGGUCCUCCGAAGCUCUGACUUAUGAUAUAUUGAGGAAACAAAAUUUCCUUAUAAAGGCGGCUUUGAUGUGGACUAUAAAUGAUUUUCCAGCUUAUGGAAUGCUUUCUGGUUGGAGCACGCAUGAGAAACUCGCAUGUCCAUACUACAUGGAAAACAACAAGGCAUUCACGCUAGCAAAUGGAGAGUACGGUGACAUUGUGUUUGGCCUUCAAUCAGGUAAGCAAAAGUUUCGUGGUUUUGGAUUGACCCAUAAUUGGCUUAGAGAGUAUCUUCACCCGGCUAGACAAAAUUUUAAAAAGCUAGUGUCAACCAUGUGUAAUGGUGAGUUUUAUGACAAAGAACCAAGUGAGGCCUUUGAUUUUUUUGAUCAAUUGGCUGAAAACACAAAGCAAUGGGAGACUUCUCUCCCAGUUCAUGUUGAGUCUAGAAACACCAUUUCUCAUUCAAGUGGGAAGUUUCAAUUGAAAGAGACUGAUGACCUCAAUGCUAGAUUAGCCUCAUUGGCUAGGAAAGAAGUGUUAUAUGGCCAAACUUCUGAUUCAAGUAAUGUUAGAAAGCCAUUUCCAAACCAAGUAGGCAAUCCCUACUCUGAGACCUACAAUCCUGGAUGGAGGAACCACCCAAAUUUUGGAUGGAGAAAUGAGGGCUCUUCAAUACCUCAAACAUUUCAACCUCCACCCCAACCAUUUCAUGCUCCCACACAUAACACAUACCAACCACCUCAUAAGAGAUCCUUAGAGGAUACUCUUCAACAAUUCAUGCAAACACAAGGAGGAAUCAACAACCAAGUUUACAAAUUCCAAGACCAGACCAAUAGGACCUUAGAUGACAUUCGAAGUCAACUAACUAAGUUGACUCAAUCACUAAGCAUUCAAGAGAAGGGAAAAAUCCCAGCUCAACCAAUGCCCAAUCCUAGAGGUCAGGUACACAUGAGUGAAUCCUCACCUAGUGAACCUUCAAACCAUGAACAAGUCCAAGCCAUCACUACCCUUAGAAGUGGAAAGAUUGUUGACAAAGGUGUAGGUUUUAGGAUUCCUAAAGGUAUUGUAGAGGAGAAAUCUAGGGAAAGUGAAGAGGGAAUCAAAACACAAGUGACAAAUGAGAAUUUGAAAUUUGUUCCUAGAGCACCAUUUCCACAAAGGUUAGGAAAACCUAAACAAGAUCUUAUGAACUCGGAAAUCUAUGAAUUGUUCAAACAAGUGAAAGUUAAUAUUCCACUCCUUGAUGCAAUUAAACAAGUUCCAUCUUAUGCAAAGUUUCUUAAGGAUUUAUGCACAGUCAAAAGGAGAUUGAAUGUGAAAGAAAGAGCCUUUCUAACUGAACAUGCUAGUGCCAUCAUCCAGUUUAAGACCCCUCCCAAAUACAAAGAUCCUGGUUGUCCUACCAUUUCAUGCAUUAUUGGAAGUCAUAAGAUAGAUCAAGCUUUGUUGGAUUUAGGAGCAAGUGUGAAUUUAAUACCCUACACUGUUUACGAACAAUUAGUCAUCUUAGGGAGACCUUUCCUAGCUACAUCCAAUGCCUUAAUUAACUGUAGGAAUGGGGUGAUGAAGUUGUCUUUUGGGAAUAUGACUGUGGAGAUGAACAUAUUCAAUGUCUCCAAACAAAUCGGGGAACAUGAGGACAUUAGAGAGGUAGAUUUCAUCCAAACAGUUUGUCAAGAACACUUUGAGAGAGUGUGGAUCAAGGAUCCAUUGGAGAGAACUUUAAUUCAUGAUGAAAGAUUUUGUCAAUGGACCCCAUCAUUUGAGCCUUUGAUUUCACCCCAAGCGAAAGUUGAGGAACCUCUUGUCCAACCUGAUAAACUAGAAAGGAAGCCUUUACCGAGUGAUCUUAAGUAUGCAUUUCUAGGGGAAGAUGAAUCAUAUCCUAUUGUGAUCUCAUCAAAACUUAGCAUAGAGCAAGAAGAUGGAUACUCAGGUUACAACCAAAUUGAGAUUUCUUUAGAAGACCAAGAAAAAACCACUUUCACUUGUCCUUUUGGUACCUAUGCUUAUAGAAGAAUGCCUUUUGGUUUGUGUAAUGCACCAGCCACUUUUCAAAGGUGUAUGAUGAGUAUCUUUAGUGACAUGGUGGAAAAUUUUUUGGAAGUUUUCAUGGAUGAUUUUUCAGUUUAUGGGGAUUCUUAUGAGUUGUGUCUAAUGAAUCUAGAAAAAGUUCUUGAAAGUGAUCAUGCAGCAUUGAAAUAUUUGCUCACAAAACAAGAUGCCAAACCACGAUUAGCCUGUGGUGGGCAUUUCUCUUCCAAGAAAACCAUUGCCAAAAUCUUGCAGUGUGGUUUUUAUUGGCCUACCAUGUUUAAAGAUGUUCAUGCCUUCUGUGUUGCAUGUGACCGAUGCCAACGACUAGGUAGCCUCACUAGGCGUAACAUGAUGCCCCUUAACCCCAUCCUUGUUUUGGAAAUAUUUGAUUGUUGGGGGAUUGAUUUCAUGGGACCUUUUCCAAGUUCAUUUGGUUACCAAUUCAUCCUUGUUGCUGUUGAUUAUGUGUCUAAAUGGGUGGAGGCCAUUGCAUCUCGAACCAAUGACCAUCGAGUUGUGGUCAAAUUCUUGAAAGAAAAUAUUUUCUCUCGUUUUGGCAUGCCCCGGGCUAUGAUUAGUGAUGGGGGAAAACAUUUUUGUAACAAGCCCGUUGGGAUUUUAAUGAGAAAAUAUGGUGUAAUUCACAAGGUCAGUACCCCCUAUCACCCACAGACUAGUGGCCAAGCUGAGUUGGCAAAUAGGGAGAUCAAGAACAUUUUAGAGAAAACAGUCAAUCCAAACCGUAAAGAUUGGUCCCUACGACUAGUUGAUAAGGAUCCUUAUUCUUGA